AUGAUCUGCCUGUCCAAGGCCGAUGAGGGUGCCUUCAGGCACCUUCUCUUCAACCAGAGCCCAGGGCCACUGGCUGCCCAUCAGACGACCUGUGAGGACCUCAAUGGCAUCUCUAACCUUCGGGAGCAUGUCAACGCAUGUCAAGACGGCGGUGGCGGCGGAGCCAGUGGCGGCAUCUUCUCUGCGCUUGACGAGAAAGACUUGCUUCAUUCCCAACAACCGCCGGGCACUGAACCGCCCGUCGCGAAUGCGGGGAAAUGGUCCUCUGGAUCAUCCUCGCGCCCCGAGACGGAAUCCGGUGGUGAUGACCGUAACCGUCUCUCCUCGACCCGCCUGGCGUGCCUUGGGCGCGCCCGGAGCUGGGUCUUCCUGGUCCUUUCAAUUCUUCCAAUCGCAUUCAUGCUCUUUGCCGUGUCUUCUUACCUGAAAAUUGUGCCUUCCCGAGUCGAAGGCCCCCUGGUCUCCGCCAGCAAGCCAGCUCCCUCCCGUAAGAGGUCCAGCUGCGUCUCCGGCGGUGUAUCGGAUGCCAAGUACAACACGCCUCUCCACGUCGGCGCGCUCCUGAUCAUCCUGUUCGUCUCGACAACGGCCUGUGCCUUCCCCCUGUUCGCCGUCAAGUUCCCCGCCCUACGCAUUCCCGGCCGCUUCUUCUUCGCCGUUCGGCAUUUCGGCACCGGUGUCCUCAUUGCCACUGCCUUCGUCCACCUGCUGCCUACCGCCUUCCUCUCGCUUGGCAACCCGUGCCUGUCUGGUUUCUGGGUCAAGGAUUACCCCGCGAUGCCUGGUGCUAUUGCCCUGGCUGGUAUUUUCCUGGUGACUGUGAUCGAGAUGAUAUUCCAUCCUUCUCGGCAGAUCACGCCUGUCCAGGUUGUAUCCAAGUACCCUCAUAACAGCCGACCGUUUGACAACCGUACGGAAGAGAACGUGGCCCGGGUGCGAGAUCUGGGUCCCUUGAACGGCAGGACCUCGAGCAUCGGCCACCAACUGACCCACCUGACACGACAACAGAGCUGCAGUGGCCGGGUUGAAUCAUCGCCCGGGGAUGGGAACGAGGUUGUGCGAACGAAGUCCGAUCUCGACUGCAGGCCCGCCGGCGACCAAGAACGAUUCGCAGAUGACUCUCAAGAGCCUGAGUUGACUCCAGAGCAGAAGCAGCGUAAGGAACUUCUGCAGUGUAUCUUGCUGGAGGUCGGGAUUCUCUUCCAUAGCGUCUUCAUCGGCAUGUCUCUGAGCGUCUCGGUCGGCAACGAGUUCAUCGUCCUGCUGAUUGCUAUCGCGUUCCACCAAACCUUUGAAGGUCUCGCUCUCGGGGCUCGCAUCGCGGCCGUCAAUUGGCCCAAGCAGCAGUCACAGCCAUGGCUAAUGGCCCUCGCAUACGGAUGCACGACCCCUUUAGGCCAGGCGAUCGGCCUCGCGACGCACACGCUCUACAACCCGGGCUCCGAGGUCGGGCUGAUCCUCGUCGGGGUGAUGAACGCCAUCUCCGCCGGCCUGCUGACCUUUGCGUCCCUCGUCGAGCUGCUGUCCGAGGAUUUCCUGAGCGACGCGAGCUGGCGUUACCUCCGGGGCAGGCGCCGUGUGUAUGCCUGCCUACUGGUCUUCUUCGGCGCCUUCUUCAUGAGCCUCGUCGGCGCUUGGGCCUGA